AUGGAAGCUGGCGCUGCGAUCGUCAGUUUCGUAGGCCUAGCAGGCACUGUUGCGCAAGGCCUGAAGUUCCUGCAUGACUUCACGACCAACAUGAAGGACUGCCCAAAGGAUAUUCGCGAGAUGAAGAUCGACCUUGAGUUAGUAGAAGCCCUGAUCAUGCAAGUAAUUCGACAAUGCAACGAGCGAGAUAAGCGACUUUCUGAAAGUGCAGCAUUGGCACGCGCAAUUGUUCGUGCCCAGGAAAGCGUCGAAGAUCUCGACAAGGAGCUGGCUGCAUAUCGUGUGAAUGGAAAACGUAAGCGAUUCAGGUUUGCAACCAAGAUCAGUCAAACGCAAAAGCUCAGGGCAAGUUUGGAUAGGACCAGGACCAUCAUGUUCGAGUUCAAGAGUCAGCUGCAAAGCGAUCUGUUAUAUGACAUCCGUGACAUGAAUCAAGAGGUUCUCAGAUCAGUAGAGAAGACAAGCAAAAAUCUAGAAACCUAUGACAGAAACUUUCACAAGGUCAAGCAAGAAUUCAAGGUCCAAACAGAAACCAUGAACGAUUCCGAUAGCAGAGAAGAGGCUUCAGUUCAGCUAGCAAACGACAUUUCAUCUAGAGGUCUUGAAGACAUCAAAACUAUCGCCAAGGAACCCGAACACAUUAAGGAAUUGUUGACGGAAACAAGGAUCUCAUCUUCACCGGCUUCAUUACAAUCAACGCCUGUAUUGUCCCGCGAAGCCAGUGAUUUCUCCGUCAUGAGCUCAUCCCAGGAAACGACAGCCAGCAGCAUAUCGAGCUCGCAAAGUAUUCCACCGUCCGUACGCCAGAAUGCUCGAAAAGCGGACAUGGCCUCAAAACACCCCCUUCUCCAGUUCAAAGAUAAUCAGUUCCAAUUCUUAGUCGCCAUCAUCUUCACCCAGCGUACCAACCACCAACAUCUCGCUUAUGUAGUGACUAAAGAUACGACAUUGUUGGAGUAUAUGGAGUAUCUGAAGAAAGAGGCGGGAGGGUGA